UAUGAUUGGGAGUCUUCUAUAUCUUACUGCUAGUAGACCUAACAUUUUCUUAAGUGUUGGAUUAUGUGCCAGGUAUCAGGCUGCCCCCAAGGAAUCACAUAUGAAGGUAGUCAAGGAUAUAAUUAAACACAUUGGAGGUACAUCGGAGUACGAAUUAUUCUACUCUGCUGAUACGAACUUGAAUCUUGCAGGUUAUUGCGACGCUGACUGGGCUGGAAAUCUUGACGACCGGAAGAGAACCUCUGUCGGUUGUUUUUAUAUAGG